CUCGUAACUGGCUGCCCCUCUUGAAAGCAUGAAAGUUGUGUAAACAUUAUUGAGCCUCCAACAACUCCUGUCCUCUACCAUUCAGCCUUUCUGCGUUUCUACUGGCUGAAUUAAGUAAGUGCUAAUUGGGAGAAAUUUUUUGCUCUGUAACUUGUGGCCAUUCCGCGAAUUAUCACAGUCAUCGGCCUUUGCAUUUUGUCCGAGAGUAUCGCCUGAAACACAGAAAAACCUCGGAACUAGCUGCCACGUUCGUAUGAUCAUGUCUAAUCGUUGUCAAUUACUUCAGCUACCUAAAUAUCUCGUAAGUAAGCGAAUCUCUCAGAAUCACAUUUUCUGUACACGCGCGUUUUCUUCUUCUUUUUUGCGGAGAAAUGAAGACAAUUCUCACAAGGUUGAUUUGGACGCGCUGAACAAGCGAUAUGGUGAUUUCUUUUCUGAGGUUGACGAUCCUUUUGAAUUGCAGCGUGGUUUAAACAAUUGCUUUGCUUAUGAUCUUUUGCCGUCUUCUGACGUUUUGGAGAGCGCAUUGCGGGCUGCUCGGCGGCUCAAUGAUUUCGCAGUAGCCGUGCGAAUAUUAGAGGGCAUUAAAGUGAAAUGUAAUGCCCAACAGUACAAAAAAUAUCUUCAUGUUCUGCAGCCUGUGUUGACAGAGCUUUCUAUUCCAACAAAGGAGAAGCUGUUUAGUAAUUAGCCGAUUUUGGUGCGACACCAAUUGUGUGUACCGACUGUCGCUGUUACAAUGAACAGUGAACGUUCGCAGGACCCUUAAUCACGUUCCAGUCCAUUCGUCUCCUCCACGAUGGAAAGGAAUUGCUAUUUCUAAAUAAGGUUCUGUACGCGCGAGAGUACGAACUUCUUCAAACAACGACCGCUUCCUCCCUGCACAAACUGUUUCACUCACUGCGCUUUGACUCCUCCUUUCUUUCCUUUUGUUUAUGUACUUUUGAUGAUUUAUGAAUGUGAUGAACAUGACCUUAUA